AUGCUCGGACCUCUCGUCGGCGCAAGCAUGCUCAUCGUAGCUACCACCGUCUUCCUUUACUACACCAUCUGGACGCUGGUCAUGGUACGUUGUCUUCUCUCCUCUAUAACUACCACUACUCGAUUCCUGACGUUGCCUUCUUCCAGNCCCUUUGUCGACUCGUCGCACCCCUCUCAAUCGCUUUUCCCUCCUCGUGUCUGGGCAAUCCGUCUUCCCGUCAUUCUCAUCUUGGUCGGAGGUGCUGUCGUUGGCUCUUUCCUGUCCCUCAUCAUGAUCAAAAGCAACCGUCAAAAGGCUCUCAAGGCAAAGUCAAAGUAG